CUUGGGAGGAAGCAAGGCAGGCUGGACCGAGGACCCAAGCGCGGAGAGGACAGCAGGAGCACCUCCUGCCGCAGAGCUCUUCCAGUUUGACGUGAACUGUUCGGAGCUUCAGUGCCACCUGACAGAAAACUGCGUGCCAGGGAAGGAGCACCGGCUGUGCAGAAUCUGAUCCAUGAAAACCUAGGUUUGUUAAGAGACCAACAUGUGCUCUUCUGCCAGUCCCAAAAUCCUAUACAGGAAUCCCCGGUUCCUCCGGCUAGCUUUUCUGCAGCUUCAUCACCAGCAACAGAGUGGUGUGUUCUGUGAUGUCCUUCUGCAGGCAGAAGGCGAGGCAGUCCCAGCCCAUUGCUGCAUCCUUUCGGCCUGCAGCCCCUUCUUCACAGAGCGCCUGGAGCGGGAGAGGCCAGCUCAGGGUCGGAAGGUGGUGCUCGAGCUGGGGGGCCUGAAGAUCAGGACACUUAGGAAGCUGGUGGACUUCCUGUAUACCUCAGAGAUGGAAGUAUCUCGAGAAGAAGCCCAGGAUGUGCUUUCUGCUGCCCGUCAGCUCCGUGUAUCUGAGCUAGAAUCCCUUCAGCUAGAGGGUGGGAAGUUGGUGAAGGCCCCUCAGGGUCGAAGACUGAACAGGGAGUGCCUACAACCUCCAAGUGCUGCUGCCAUCUCUGCCAGGGUGGUGGCAUCCAUCCGCCGCCCUCGAACUCCACUGCCUGUUACCCAGACUCCCUGUCCUCUUGGGGCAGUGAGACUGAAGUCCUCGGGGAAGGAGGAGGGGGCCCAGGAGAAGAACAACCGACAGAACACAGAGAACUUGUCUGGCACUCUUCUGCUCAAGAGGAAGGCCAGAGCCUGCCCAACUCCACAGGAGAAAAGCUCUUCACCGUCAAGCCACAGUCAGGGACCUAAAGAGAACAAAAGUUACCCUGCCCUUGGUCCUACAGCACUUUCCCCACCCAGCUUGUACCCCUCUGUGGACGAGCGACUAUUGCCCAGAAAGAUCAGGCUGAGCCGCGCAAAGCUGUCUCCUGAUGUCUGUACCUCCGAGCCUGCCAGCCUUUUAAGUGGACCCAGCUCAGUACCCCCAGCCCCUGGCCGGCGUCUUUGGCGGCAGAAGAGUAUAAAUAAAGAAGCACCAGAAGACGAGCAGAAAACAGGGCGAACUAGUCCUCUACAUAGUACCCCGAGCCAAUCUGGUCUUGGAAAGUCGGGUGGGAACAAGAAGCGGAGCCCUGAAGUCAGGGCGUCUAACUCCGACUCUGCAGAGGAGGGGCAGGUUGGCAGAGUGAAACUUCGCAAGAUUGUCAACGGGACCUGCUGGGAGGUAGUUCAAGAGCCUCCCCUCAAAAGCUCUCAAGACAGCCCUCAGAUCCCAGAACCUGAAGACUCGGAAGAGCCUCCAGGGACUCAGCCGUCCUCAGGUAACGAGCAGGAAGUGUCAUCUGCUAGCACAGACCUGUGUGAGGACUUCCCCACGUGCUCUAGGCUACAAGGCAUUCUCCUCUCUGCUGGCCACUCCCCAUACAACCCAGUGGUGAAGUCCGAGUUCGGGUCCAGUCCAGAGCUGAUAGGGGAGGCACCGGGAUUGGAUAUUGACUGCAGAGAGCCCUAUGCAUCUGACACAGCCCUGCUCGGGCAGCCGUGUGAGGCUGAGGAGUACCGAAUCACGAGUGCUGCUGCCGCCAGUGAGCUGGAGGAAAUCCUGGACUUCAUGCUCUGUGGCUCAGACAUCGAGCCACCCAUAAGGUCUCUGGAGAGUCCCCGGGCUGAGGGCUGCAGGACCCCUAGUUAUCACCUGACAGAAACAGGAAAGAACUGGAUUGAAGGGGAAGAAUGGUGUUUGCCAGAUGUGGAGCUCUGGCCCAGGGAAAUCACAGGAUUGGAAAAGGAACCUGCUGGUGAGAACAAAGGGCCAAUUGAGCCUUUUAGCCCCCUUGUCAUGCCCUCUGAGAACAGAGAGCCAAUUGAACCCCGCAGCCCCCUUGUCAUGCCCUCUGAGGUGAGUGAAGGGGAGGUGCUUUCAGUGGGAGGCUCCUGGACUGCAGACCUGGAAAUUCCCAGCUCCCAGCCACUGGAUGGUCAGAGAGACAAACUUCUCCACCUCAACUCCCUUAACCUUCCCCAAAGGUCCUAUGGGGACCUCUCACCUCCCUGUUCAAGCUGGUUGGAGACUGGGCUGGAAGUGUCCCUAACUACGGAUGAAGUAUUAUACCCUGCUCCAGAGGCAAGCAAGGAGGGAUUUGGCAACUCUGAGUUGUUGGAUCCACUUCCUGCUAGCCCUGAAGAGGAAGAGAUUGAUGUGGUGGACUCGAUGUCAGAGGGGAUUGUGCCCAUGAGUAUUCCCUCCGUGUGGCCCGACCCUUCCUCAGAGUCAGAAACAGAGGUGGACAUACUAACGUAG